AACGGAUACUACAAUUGAGUAAUUUAUGCUUCAAAAAUGCUAUCAAGACUCGAUGCUUCGUAUAGUGACACAGCUAGUUUUAAUUUGAAUAGGUUCAUACCUUUAAAAACAGUAUGGCUUGCUGUCACCCAUUUAAUUUUGACGCUAUCAGUGUGUACUGUAUUAGCUCUUCCGAUGACAGACUUCAGAGAUUAUAUGUUGUCUCAAGCAACAUUUUGGACUAUUUGUUUUAUAUUUCAUUUUAACUAUGUGUCAGGUCACCAGCACUUGAAAUUGGGUGGUUACUUUGUAUUCUACAAAAAAAUGCAAAAAGUUGCAUACUUUUUAUUUGCUGUUCCCUCCUUUUUUUCUUCCAUUCUACUUGCUGUUGUGGGAGUUCUAAGUAAAACAUAUCAUAUAUAUCCUACUUACUUUGAUAUAAAGUAUGAGUCAUUACUUCGGUAUUUGAUGAUUGGCAUGAUAUCAGUUGAAUUGUUACUUGAAACUGCUGUAUUACUAAAAUAUAUCAUUUCGGUGAAGAAAUUCAAUCGAUUAAGACCUAUGCCUGAUGUUGAACGAUUUGAGUAUCUGUUGCCUAGUGAUGCUAGAUCAUCUUCUGAAAUAGGAUACAGACUUGAAGGAGAGGCAGUAGCUAAUUUAUUGGAAAAGCAAGCAGAUCUCAUUUGUUAUUACAAGUCUACAAUAAUUGACCUGAAAAGUAAAUUGAACGAACCACAAACUUGUCACUAGGAUUAUAAGAAAUAAUUAAUAAUGUUUAAAUCGUGGAAAAGAUUUAAUAAUUUGGUCUUUUUUUAUGUUUUUAGCUUUAUUUAUUGAAUUCUGAUUACUCAUGGUAGGGAAAUUCGAAUUAUUAUAAUAUUUGUCUAACCUAUUUUUCUAUGAUUGUUAAAGUUAUAGAAUUAAAACUUAUGACAGUUGCCAUUUUUAUCAGUGAAUUGAUUUGAAGUAGCAGAAACAGUGAAAGUGUGUGUUAAG